AUGGACGGGAAUGCCAGCGCCGGGGGCACAGAGGGCCAGCACAGGAGCCCCCACCAGGAGGCGGAAAAUAAGCAUGAGGAGAAAGUCCGGGAUCCUGACAGAGGGGAGGACAGGACCAAGGCAGAGAUGGGGAGCAAAACCUGGGCAGACCUGGCUGCGGAGAUGAAGAUGUUCCUGUGGAACCCAGAGGAGAGAACAUGCCUAGGAAGAACAGCCAAGAGCUGGGGCUUGAUCUUACUGUUCUACUUUGUUUUCUACACGUUCCUGGCAGGAAUGUUCGCCUUCUGCCUGUACGUGGUGCUGCUCACCCUGAGCCCCUACACACCCACCUACCAGGACCGCGUGUCUCCACCAGGAGUAAUGAUCAGACCGUACUUGAACGGGUUCACCAUUGCCUUCAAUGUCUCUCAGCCCAACACGUGGCAACCCUAUGUGGACAGCAUGCACCACUUCCUAGCAGCUUAUGAUGACAAAGUUCAAGAGGAGAAGAAUAUUGAGUGCGUCCCAGGACAGUACUUCAUCCAAGGGGGCAAUGAAAGCGAGGAGAAGAAGGCCUGCCAGUUCAAGCGCUCGCUACUGCAGAACUGCUCUGGCAUUGAGGACCCGACAUUUGGCUACUCUAAAGGCCAGCCCUGCAUCCUGCUGAAGAUGAACAGGAUCAUAGGCUACCGCCCUGGAGCUGGGGUCCCCGUGAGCGUGGACUGCAAAGUGCAGAAAGGCAAUGAGAGUGAUCUCAGGUCAGUGGACUUCUACCCUGGAAACGGGACGUUUGAUCUCAUGUAUUAUCCCUACUACGGCAAGAUGACUCACGUCAACUACACGUCCCCACUGGUGGCUAUGCACUUUACAGAUGUGAAGAAGGGUAAUUUGGUCCAUAUUCAGUGCAGCCUGAACGGGAAAGGUAUUAUCAACAACCUGAACAGCGAUCGCUUCCUGGGCCGAAUCAUCUUCACGCUCAACAUUGGAAAGUAGCCACUGCAAACACUGGGCUCUUAGGUUAAGUCAAUCAGAGGCCUUUCCCUCUUUAAAGCCAGAAUGUUUUCUGCUAGAAAAAUACAGGUACACGGAGAUUUUUGUUAAUUUAUUUUUUUGUUCAUAGUUAGGAAACAAAUGAGAUGCAAUGGAGUUUGGAACCACAUUUUUCAUCAUCUGAUGUAAAUCAUUAUUAGUAAAAAUUAAAAGUUAUCUCCUGGGCAGAGAACCUGCAAAAGCACUUCAGUUUUGAUUAAAAAACCUCUGAUAUCUGAA